UGGACAUCCCCGGCCUUGAUAAACACCGCCUCCCAUCCUCCUUUGAACCUUUCCCUCCCCCAUCCACAGUUCAAUCGCCGCUUCUUUCCUGGCGAAACCUCCUAACACCUGCCUGCGACCGAAUCGAAUCUUGUGUCCGGCUUCUUGAGACUUGGCCCUGCUAUUGUGAAUCUGAAAAGAUGGCCCCAUCAAAAAAAGCCGGAAAAAAAUCCGCAAAGAAUGACCCCAACCGUGGUAGAUCCCAGAAUGGAGGCGUCACCAAAGCGGAUUGGGCGGAUUCUUUCAAGAAGAAAGGCGCCGGAGUCUCAGAUAUGACCCUACUCAGCACCAUCUCUAAUGAUUCAAUCAAUGAUAAUUUGAAAAAACGUUUCGAGAACUCGGAGAUAUACACUUACAUUGGUCACGUAUUAAUCUCCGUGAACCCGUUCCGGAUGCUACCAAUCUAUGGUCCAGAUGUCCUGAAUUCUUACAAAGGCAAAAAUCGACUGGAGAUGCCCCCACACGUCUACGCCGUAGCCGAAAGCAUGUACUACAACAUGAUGGCUUAUUCAACCAAUCAAUGUGUAAUCAUAUCCGGGGAAUCAGGUGCUGGAAAGACUGAGGCCGCCAAAAAAAUUAUGGAAUACAUUGCCGCGGUAGCCGGAGAGGAACACAGUCAAGCUGGAAAAGGGAUCACAGGCGUCAAGGAUAUGGUUCUCGCUACCAACCCACUCCUAGAAAGUUUCGGCUGUGCCAAAACCCUGCGAAACAACAACAGUAGUCGGCAUGGAAAAUAUCUGGAGAUCGAAUUUGGUCCCAACGGAGAACCCGUCGGAGCUAUGAUUACCAACUAUCUCCUUGAAAAGGGCCGAAUUGUCGGGCAGAUAGACGAUGAACGGAAUUUUCACAUAUUUUAUCAAUUCACCAAGGGAGCUUCGCCACAACAACGAGAAGAAUACGGUAUCCAGGAUCCAUCGGCUUAUUACUACACGUCUCGCGCUGGCUGUUUAGAUGUACCACAGAUGGAUGAUGUUGAAGAAUGGCACCAAACGUUACAAGCAAUACAAACGAUCGGAUUGAGCGCAGACGAGCAGUCAAAUAUUUUACGGAUGCUAGCUACGGUUCUAUGGCUGGGGAACGUCCAGUACGCUGAAAAUAGUGAAGGCAAUGCAUACGUGAUGGACGAAAGCGUGGUUGAAUUUGUUGCUUAUCUAUUGGAAGUGGAUGUUAAUAUGGUCAAGAAGGCUCUAACUAGUCGUACUAUGGAAACUCAACGCGGAAUGAAGCGCGGAAGUGUUUACGAGGUCCCGCUGAAUAAAGUACAAGCAGCCGCUGCCCGAGACGCCCUGGCCAAGGCAGUUUAUAACAAUCUCUUUGAAUGGAUCGUCGCUCGCGUAAAUAUUUCCAUGAAAUCUCGAACAUCUGCAUCAUACGUCAUCGGGGUUCUUGAUAUCUAUGGAUUUGAGAUUUUUGAUCAUAACUCCUUUGAACAAUUAUGCAUCAAUUACGUCAAUGAACGCCUCCAGCAAAUUUUCAUUGAAUUGACUUUGAAGAAAGAACAGGAGGAAUACGCAGCCGAGCAAAUCACAUGGACGCCCAUCAAGUUUUUCAAUAACAAGAUCGUCUGUGAUUUGAUUGAUGAAAAGCGACCUCCUGGGAUUUUCGCAGCUAUGAAUGACGCUACAGCUACAGCCCAUGCCGACUCAUCCGCAGCGGAUAACUCAUUUUCUCAGCGUACAUCUAUGUUGGCUAGUAACCCGCAUUUCGAGGCACGUGGAAACAAAUUUUUAAUCAAACAUUACGCUGGUGAUGUCUUAUAUGACAUCCAAGGUAUGACUGACAAGAACAAAGACGCUCUCGGCAAAGAUCUGUUGGAGCUAGUCCAAUCGUCUAGCAACUCGUUCAUAACUGGUCAACUGUUCACGGAGCGAAUAGACGCCAACUCCAAAAAACGUCCACCCAGUCAGGGAGACAAGAUCAAGAUGUCUGCCAACGCGCUUGUCGAAAAGCUAAUGCGCUCCCAACCGUCCUACAUCCGAACCAUCAAGCCCAACCAGUCGAAAUCACCCACUGAGUAUGACUCACCGGCCAUCUUACAUCAAAUCAAAUACUUAGGUUUACAAGAGAACAUCCGCAUCAGACGAGCUGGUUUUGCUUAUCGAAACACUUUUGAACAGGUCGUCCAACGUUUCUAUCUUUUGUCUCCAGCCACCUCUUAUGCCGGCGAUUACAUCUGGAAUGGUGAUUCUCGUUCGGGAUGUGAAAAAAUCCUCAAAGACGUUGGCAUUGCUCGCGAAGAAUGGCAAAUGGGUACCACAAAAGCUUUUAUUAAGAACCCCGAAACCCUUUUUGCUCUUGAGCACAUGCGUGAUCGAUAUUGGCACAACAUGGCUGCGAGAAUUCAAAGAGCUUGGAGAAACUUUCUUAGAUAUCGACAUGAAUGUGCCACCCGAAUCCAACGAGCUUGGAGGAAUAACAAAGAAGGAAUUGUCUAUCUUCAAUUACGCGAUGCAGGUCAUCAGGCACUUGGUGGUAGGAAAGAACGUCGGAGAUUUAGCUUGUUAGGUUCACGCAAAUUUCUAGGAGAUUACUUGAAUGUUGGUGGUUUCGAUGGUAAAACCAAAAAAAGUGCAUUGGGCGAGAUGCUUUAUAGCAAAUUGGGUUUGAGUGCUAGUGAACGAGUAAUUUUUAGCUCGAAGGCCCACAUCCUAGUUUCCAAAUUAGGACGUUCCAGCAAACUGUCACCUAGGUUCCUGAUCUUAACAGACCGCGCAGUUUACAUCUUGAUAACUCAACUGGUAGCCGGCACUGACGGCCAGAAACGUUCAGAGACCGUGGUGGAACGCAAAAUUAAUGUCUCAGUGAUCAAUUCUGUUGGCGUAUCUCAUCUGAGGGAUGAUUGGAUCGUACUAAAUGUCAGCAAUUCAGAAGAACAAGAUCCACUUUUAUCAUGCGUGUUCAAGACGGAACUCAUCACUCGCUUGAAGCAACUACAAAGCUCGUUGACUGUAAAUAUAGGCCCGACUAUUUCAUAUCGCAAGAAGAAAGACAAGAUGGCCGUGAUCAAAUUCCAAAAAGACGAGACCAUUCAACGAGGUGACGUUUAUAAGAGUCACACCGUCUCCGUACCAUCCGGGCUACCAAGCACAAGCGUAUCUUCACCGUUUCCCAAGAAGAAGCCCGGUUUGAUAAGGCCAAUCACCACUGGCAAGUUGCUGCGAAAGGGUGGCCCUUCGGAUAAUAAACCACGACCACAGGCUCGUCCUGCACCUCAGGCACGUCCUCUCCCUGGCGCAGGUGCUGGAGCCCCUGUUGCACCGGGAUUCAAAUCUGCAGGUGGACCACCGCCGCCGCCACCGCCACCACCCAUAUCGUCAAACUCGUCCGCUCGUGCACCGCUUGCUUCAGCAGGGUUCAAAGCAGCGGGUGGACCUCCCGCCCCACCCCCACCCCCACCCCCGCCACCUGCAUCCUCCAACUCUUCAGCUCGUGCACCACCUGUGAAGUCCUCGGGUAUCCCAGCUCCUGUUAAAGCUCCACCGCCGCCGCCGCCCCCAGUAAAACCCCCCAGUCAACCAGAAGUGGCUCUGUACCUAGCCAUCUGUGAAUUUGAAACCGAAGAAUCUGGUGAGAUAGCUUUGUCAAAGGGAGACUUGGUCGAAGUGAUACAGGAAGCGGACAACGGCUGGUGGCUAAUCAAAAAAGGUACUGAGCAAGGUUGGGCGCCAUCGAACUAUUUGGAACUUGAGCUUCGACCCCCAGUCGCGCCCAGUCGACCGAAUGCGCGACCGCCCCCUGCUCCGAGUAGCCAACCCUCGGCAGUGAAAUCCACACCAGCAGUUGGUCUAGGCUUCAAAGCGGCAGAUUCUUCAUCCGCGCCGGUUGCAGUGAUGCCGGGGAUGGGACACGUGAACGGACUGGCGGGUAUCUUAGCCGCCAAAAGAGCUGCUGCAGCGGGCCAAGCAGGUGAACCUCAGAGCCCAUCCAGUAGUCCCAAUCCUUCGCCCAAGACUAGCUCCAAAGGGCCGCCGCCCCCACCGCCAAAACCAAAACCACCGACUCUAGCUCCUAAACCUACCGGGGUCGGGGGUCCCCCACCGCCGGUAUUGUCUAGUAAACCUAACGCUCGGCCUGGUGGAAACCCUGGUGUUGGGCAAAUGGAUCUGGCUGCUGCACUUGCCAAGCGAGCUGGUCGAACAGGAUGA